GACUCUAAAUCACAGAAAUCAUUUGACAUGGCAAAAAUAGUCAGUGUUUUCAAGGCUACUCUCUUAAUUUUCACUUUAUUUGGCAGAACUUUCAAAGCUGUCGUUGGUUUUGAAAAUAAGUGCGAUUCUGGGCAUCAAUUGAUCUUAUAUGCUGCAGAAAAUCGAGCCCUGAGGCAGUUUGCAUACGUGACAAAAACAACACGCUCACGUGUCACCUGUGGGAGAGAAUGCAGCAUGGAUAAAUAUUGCAAGUCUAUCAACUUCUAUGGGAAGAGUGGUCUGUGUGAACUGAACAAUGCAACAAGACAAGACCAUGCAGAAGACUUCUUGGCAGAGCAAGGGAGCGUUUACUUUGAUGCUGCUAAGAACACAACCAUCUUCUCCCUUGUUGACACCCCCUUGGCCCAUGCUAAAAGUUGCAAGAAGCUGUUGGAGGCAGGUUACAACACGAGCGGCGUCUACACAAUCUACCCCGAAGGUUACACCAACGGCCUGCAGGUCUACUGUGACAUGGAAACUGAUGGCGGGGGAUGGAUCGUGUUUCAGAGACGAGAAGAUGGCAGUGUGGACUUCUACCGAAGCUGGGCCGAGUACCAGUUUGGCUUUGGUAAUCUAUCCGGUGAGUUCUGGCUUGGUAAUGACAAUCUGAUGAGUCUGACCUCUCAAGGACUACAGGAGCUAAGGGUAGAUCUGGAGGACUGGGAAAACAACACAGCUUGGGCCAAGUACGGACAGUUUAAACUUUAUAGGGAAACAUACCAUCUAGUGGUAGAACAGUAUAAUUCAAGCAGCACUGCUCCUGAGUAUCUUAGCUAUGGUCAUGGAUGGGAAUUCACGACAAAGGACAGAGACAAUGACUUUGACGAUGGUGUGAAUUGUGCAGAUUACCACGAAGGAGCAUGGUGGUUCGAUGAUUGUAGACAAAUAGAAAGCUGCCACUUGAAUGGCAAAUAUUACCACGUGCAGCCUGGUGUUCAGCACAAGGGCAUUCGAUGGAUCAACUGGCAUUACGACGUUUCUCUCAAGAGUUGCAGCAUGAAACUACGAUAAACUGACUUGUGACACGGGCGGAGACGGGAAAGAUGAAUCUUCCCAAUGAAAACUGGUGAAGGGACUGCUUGGAAAAAGUGAGUAAAGCAAUUGUGAG